AUGCCUUUUCUCCAUGGCUUCAGCCGCAUCUAUGAGUACCAGGGGUUGGUCAAUGAGAUUUUGGAAUAUAUGGAUCCUCUGGUGCUGGAAAAGAUGGACAGGUAACUGGGAAGCUGCUUCUCCAUCAAUGUAGCUAGGCAAUACUGAGCAGGCUUCUUAUUCUUAUUCAAUUCAUCCCAUUCUUCAGAACUAUGAGAACUAGGAUCUUUGAGGGUUUUCUACAAUCAAGCAGUGCAUAAAUACCAUGAAAUGCACAAACAGAAUCCUACCUUUCAGGGAAAGGGCCAUGGUUAAGGGUAGAACACCUUAUGUACAUGCAGAAGGCCCCUAAUGGCAUCUCCAAGUUAGCGCUUAUAAUAUCCCCUGCCUCAAACCCCGCAGAGCCGUUGCUGCUGUCAGUCAGUGCAGAUGUACCGAGCCGCAGAAUCCCUCCUGCAUGGUGGGGCAGACAUCACUUUUGAAGGUUGGAGGGGGACCCAGUUAAUGCUUCCCAUCUUGCAUUUAUUUUAAAAUUACAUAAAUGAUUAGGAUAACUAUUUAUGGAGACUGUAUUUUUAUAUACAUUUUUUGUGACACCCCCCCCCCCUUUUUCAACUGCUUCCUUUCUGGUUAGGCUCUAGGCAGCAGUGAUGGGGUUCAGAUCCACAAUACGGAAAGCAUUCGCCUUUUUUUGGAAGGAGGUAAGCUUCCUCCGCCCACCUGCCCUACUGAGCCCUGCUGCUUCCUUUUGCAGGGAUCCAAAUCCAGUGCAAAACAACCAGUGGUCUCAGAGCAGGAAUAUGAGCCCGGGAGGCAGGCACCCUUUUGCCACCACAUGGCAUUCUCAGUAAGACGACCUGCCUGGGUGGACUGGAAUGAUAAAAGUGCAAGCACUGAUCAAUCCUAAUGUAUUUUUAUGAUAUAUAUAUAUGGUCUAUAUAGAUAAUGGAUUACUUAGGCAAAAAAGAACAUUAUUCUUUAUUUUAGGUUAACUGAAAGAAAUACGAAUAAUCAUGCAUUGCCGCAAUAUAUUCUCAACUUCAAUACUCCCGACACUAUUCUAAACACAUUAUUAAACCUCUUUGGUAUUACUUUAAAUAAGGGUUAAGAUAUAAUUGUGAUAGAGGGCCAUAUAUUUAUUUUCUCUUUCUCGUUUUUUCUCUUUUUUUCUUCCCUAGUUUGGCUUUGAUUGUGUUUUAUGUCAAAUACUUUUAGUAAAAACUGAUUAGAAAAAAUAGGAAAAUGAUGACAGUGGUGAUGUUGCCAAGGGUCAUUUUAAAAAAACAAACCCGUAAACUGGCUGUUUCUGUAUUGUCCCUGCCCUUCAGGAGCCAAUGUGAAGGCCACAACAAAAGAUGGCGACACCAUCUUCUCCUCCAUCAUCUCCCUCCUUUGGAAGACAGUGGGAGGCGACGAAGAGGAGGCUCAGACCGUCAACCCUUUCUGCUUCCAGGUCACUCAGCUGCCGAUGAUGACCCACGGGGCCAACCCUAGUGAGUGCCCAACCCACGAGUCCCUCAACCUGUUGGCUAUUUGCAGUUUAGUAGCGCUGCAGAGAGCUUGCUGGGGAGACCAUGCAUUAAAAAGGGACUCAAAAAUAACUUAACAAAAUAACAAAAACAAAAACUCCUUAUACACUAAAUACAUCAACAACAAACCAGACCCAACCACCAACCCAUCCCCCAGGGUAAUGGGAGAGCUAGGUGCUGCUCCUUAUAUACUAUACCCAAUUGCUGACACAGCUUGAUUAACACAACUCAGCAGACCUGCUAUGUUUCACAGCUGUAAGACUGGGUCUCGUUAUUUGCCCUGGCCCUUAAAGACAUACACAACUUGUGAAAUCAUAAUGAACCUUCACAUUUUAAAGUGACCAUUCAACACAACCACGUGCGCCUGAAAAACUUCCAGCUCUGCUUUCCCCUCCUGCGCUUCCUCCUGGAGUUUGGGGCAUGCUACAACUGCACCCUCCAUGGACCUGCCUGCUGGUCGGGCUUCAGCAGUAUCUUCGAGUGGCUGUGUUCCUACCUGUAGUGGUUAGAGGACGACACCUUCUCCGCUGACCUCUUUCAGAAGGCUAAGACGGUGCUGGAGCUCUUGGCCUCAAGCUCCCAGAUCAUCAAGCUCCCCAGCAACUUUGAUAUCAACCUCAGCAACUGCCGGUUCCAUAGGAAGAGGAUCUCGGACCUCUUCACCAGCCUGAAGAAGCUGGAACGCUCCCCUCCUACCUUGAAGCACAUGUGCCGGGUUUUCCUGUGGAAGCAUCUCAGACCCUGGCCGAUCGAUGAAAAAGUCAAGGCCCUCCCGCUUCCCACCUUGUUGAAAAAGUAUCUCCUCACAGACCUGAGCAGCUCUGCAGAGGUAGCCGUCUGA